GGAGAAAAAGAGAAUUUUAACAGUGGAAUAGGGAUAAAUAUCAACGUGGUCUUCAAGGAGAGAAAACGGGGAAUCCCUUUUUUCGCUCAAGCACGAUGUAAACAAACAAGGAUGUUGUAAAUAAUUAAAUCUCCUUAUUACACUUUCAAAUAAAAUUGUGAUAUCUAUCUGUGGAACUACAUAGGGAAUGAUAUUAUGACUAACUCUUGAUGGGUGAUCGAAAUGGACUACAGGUGGCGUACAGAAGAACUCUCUACCUAUGGCAACACUUCGCAUGCUUUCACCACUAGCGUGUGGAGAAUCAUAGGAGAAGGAAGUUUCUUAUUUUAAUUAAAAGCAUCACCAUGGAUACCGAAAAAUUAAAGCAAAGUGUACUGAUGGAUUUGAGAAGCGUCAUUCUGAGCUGCAAAGGUGGUGUUCCUCUAAACCGGUUACAAAACGAUUACAAGUUUCUCACAGGGACAACAAUUCCAUUUGCAAAUUUGGGUUAUAACUCCAUGGAAACUUUUCUUCAAAGUAUUCCUCAAGUUAUUAAACUUAAAAAGACAUCUGAUGGGCAGACAUUUGUAGAAGCUGUUGCUGAUUCAUCUACGGUACAUCUGCAGAAUUUGAUAUCCAAACAAAAAAAUACAAAAACUCCAAAAUGUUCAGUAAAAAGAUAUGGUAAAAAGCCAGCUCCAAAGCAAAAAUCAUCUUUAUGUCCAAACUGUGCCUCGUCUAGGAAUGCUUUCACUAAUUCAACUGGUGCAACUUCAUCUGCUAGCUCUAGUUGGUCCCUUGCAAGUGAAGUUUCUAAUGAAAAAGAUAAAAAAGAAAUAGAAUCAUUGAAAGCUCAAUUAGCAGAACAAAAGGAUAUGAACAUUAAGCUGAAAUCUAGAGUCAAUCAACUACUCUCUGCAAGUGAACCACAUCUUGAAUAUAUUGAUGAGCAAAUAAUAAUUCAGAGAAUGAAAUAUCAAAUUGGACUAUUACAAAAACGAAUACUUCUCCGUCAUGCUGUAAAUAUAUAAUUCAAUUUUCCUUUUAUUUCUUAUGCUUUCUUUCUGAAAACAA